AUGGCCGCCGCCCCGAUCGACCGGCUCAGCGCCUUACCCGACGACAUCCUCUCUCAGAUUCUCUUUCUUCUUCCGACCAAAGGCUCCGUCUCGACCAGCACGCUCGCCACAAGAUGGCGGCAUUUAUGGGCGCACGCCCCUAACCUCGAAUUCGAGGAUACAUUCAGUGAAAAUUUUAAAACCCUUAUGUCCCAGUGCGCAGCCCAUAACAGCGCCGUCACGCUCCGCCUGUUUGUAACGUCUCGCGCACAUUCCAAGAAAUUCAAGAGUAUCAACACCGCCAUCGCAAGCAACCCAAAAGCCCUCGAUCUCUCUUUCGGCUAUGACGGCAGAGUGAUACCUCUGUCCGUGUUCACCUCCAAGACUCUGGUCGAUUUAAGGCUCGUACGCUGCAGAACUGAAAUUAGAAAGAAUGAAGCCACCACGCGCCUGCCCGCCCUCAAGAGGCUUCAUCUCGAGCGCGUGACUCUCGACGAAUCCCUUGAAAAAGUGCUCUCCGGAUGUCCAGUGCUGGAGGAGUUGACUAUCAAACAAAAUUUGCCUCUUUGCAAAAUUCGAAGACAGGACGGGACCCCAAUCUGUUUGCCUGCCCUCAAGAGGCUCCAUCUCGAGUGCGUGGAGCUCGGUGACUCUUUUAUGAACCUGAUUUAUGGUUGUCCGGGCCUUGAGGAGCUUACUGUUCGGAAAAAUCUACCCAACUCCGUAAAUGAUAAGUCCAUAAUAAUGUGUUUGCCUGCCCUCAAGAGGCUUCGUCUCGAGUGUGUGGAGCUCUGUGGUGGCUCCCUAGAAAGCCUGCAUAUUUACUGUCCGAUGGUUAGCGUGUUGGCUAUUGAAGGAAAUAUACUGUCUAACAUGUUCACUUACGAAACCAUAGUUGAUUUGACGGUUGCUUCUCGCAAAGAUUUUAAGCAGAGAAGAGGUGAACAGGUGAACGUGGUUCGGUAG